AUGAAGGCUGUUCUUGCAGUUGUGUUCUGCCUGUCCGUGGCAAACAGCGCUGUGCUGAAGUUUCGCGAAUAUGAGGAGCAGUGGCAGGCAUGGAAGAGCUUUCACGACAAGAGUUACCAAACAGAUACCGAGGAACAAGCUCGUUAUGCGAUCUGGAGAGACAACUUAAGGGUAUGUCAUUCACGCAUGAAAUAUUAUAUUCUCCUUAAAAGAGGCAGUUCUUACUGCCAAAACCAUCCAAUAAACCUUGCUAGAUUCAUCGGCGGCGCAUAGAUUUCACCACAAUUUUAUCUAAUAUUUGUGGUCGAGUGAACUAGUAUGCCCCAUGCAGUAACGCUUCAGUGCUUAUUCUGAUUUCGCAGUAUUUAUUCGCCCUAAGGUAAAUUGACGAGAAGUCGUUUGGUAGACUCAACCAAAAUUCAAACAGCGAUGUAUAUCUCAGAAUAGAUAUUUGCUGUCGUGGUUUCUAAUAUAGUACAAGUUUAUGAGUUUUGUAUUUUGUACUCAUUUUGUAUUCAUUUUCGCGCUGUUUCGUAACAGUUCAUCGUCCUUCAGCCGGCCUACUCGUGCGAAUGAGUCUAUUGUAGUUAAGGCAUGAUUCAGCUAUUUACGCAUGUUCUCUUUAUCAUGCCCAACUCUUGGCCUUGCUCAAUAAAUCUUGCGAUUAUCUGCGUGAUACUUUUGUUUCUUCUAAACGGGAAUGCCGUUCAAUAAACGAUUGAUCGCCUAUCAUCGUUCCUGGCACCGAAAGCUCUGACGUCAUGCCUCAACUAAAGCCGGCAAUCUUUUAUUCCACCUUAGGACCAUUGUGCUCAAAUUUUAUUCAAUUUUGACCGAAAGUUGCAUAUCUCAAUAAAUUACGUGCAUUUUCGAAUUCUUCCCUAUGAUCUUUGGUUUAUUCAGACCUGUAGUUCAUUAAAUGCUUUCUUUGAAGAAGCCUAUUGUUUCCUUUUGUAACAGCAGUUUCCGGUGUUACUUAAAGGGUUGCCAUGUGUCAAGUAAAUUAAAUUAGGAUACGCUACGCACUAGCUAGUGACAAAUUGCACUUCACGAUCUAUGCUUUCCAAUCUCAAAAACUUUCGUCCCCGCCGAACCUUGAAUCUGGUAAUUGCGAGCGCGCUUAAAAUACCCAAAGUAAUCUAAUAACCACAAAAUGUCGAUCACGUCGACUUCAAGUUCCGCUCGCGGGAGAGCAUAUGUUUUCAUAUAACGUUUCAUUCUCGAAGGAAAAUGCUGCCUGGUCACACAAUUGCUUAUGUCUUGUUUUCUUUUGUCGUCUUUCGUGGUCGUUGUAGUCUGCGCUAUUCUCCAUCUUCACAGCCCGAUUAUCGUGUAAAACUGAUUAUUUAUGCAGGCUUCUUCAGUUGAUAGACAUUUUCUUCAGGAUCAACGCCUGCAAAGUGUCAAAUCUGACAGCUUUGACGCUUGAAAAAAAGUUUCCUAGCUGCGAGGUCCUACAUUUAACAUUUGAAAUUCGGUAAUUUUAGAUUUUAUGAUGAUGGUUCCGUUGCAGGUUGCAGUGAAAGGGCGUUUUAUUUUAGCUAAAGAAAUAAUUUCACAAAUAACAACAUCGCUGUUAGAAAAGGUAUUUUGCCAUUGUCUAGUUGCUUUCAUUUCUCUCCUCUAAAUGAUUUUUCUUUGUUUUUUUGUAGAAAGUUCAACAACACAACUCCGAGGGACACUCUUACACCCUGGCCAUGAACCAGUUCGGUGAUCUGACAGUCGAUGAAUUCCGAUUUUACUACCUGGGACUUCGCUCUCACUACUCCAAUGAGACUAAACGUCAAGGAUCGGCCUACCUCCCUCCCAGUGGAGUAAGCCUCCCCCCCACAGUGGACUGGAGAACUAAGGGAUACGUUACCCCAGUAAAGAAUCAAGGUAAGUUUGAUCGUGUCUUUUUUUUUUAACUUAGCUCCUUCGACUUUUUACCUUAAAGCUAAAUGUCUUGUAACAAGUCGUAUUUUCUAUUUACUCACCGAUCUGUGAAAGCCCUCUUGAUGUCCCUUUCUUUUUCACUUAGUUUCAUUCGCUCGAUUGACCUCCUCGCUUAAUGUCACAAUCAUCUGAUUUUUCAUUCACGAGGAAAAACAGCAAACGAAAAUUCAGCCUUUCCUCGCAAUCCUUGAAUCUGUUGCAAACUCAUGAAAAUGAGGAACUCUGAACCUGUCCAAUUUUUUGCAGAAAAAAAAAUGUCUGCACCUCAGCUAUAGGUACAUAUUCCUUCAACUAACCAUUUUUCAAUAUUAGGGAAUCAAGGUUUAAGCAUUUUGUAAACAUUUACAACUUGGCAUGGAAAUUUAUGUAUUUAGUAGAUAAUCAUGUAUCUACCACAGGAGACGUUCGUGAAAUUGUGUACAUUUAAAGAUAAUUUCGCAUAGAUCAUGUUGGUGAUUUGUGCCUAUUCUUUGUUCUGUUUUAGGUCAGUGUGGUUCUUGCUGGGCGUUCAGUACAACAGGAUCACUUGAGGGACAACACUUCAAGAAAACAGGAAACCUUGUCUCACUUAGCGAACAGAAUCUGGUUGACUGCUCAACUAGCUUUGGAAAUCACGGUUGUGAGGGAGGACUUAUGGAUUACGCCUUCCAGUAAGCGGCGAAAACUGAAUAUUUGUCACCCUUAAGGAGUUGCUACACAAAAAAUACUGUUCCUGCCGUUAAUUUAAUCACAGUUCAGGGCCUUUUCCACCAAACUAAUCUCCGCGUAAACUGGGAAUUAUCAAAGAAAAUAGUGUACAGCCUGAUAUCCAUAUCUGAUAUUUUUUUCACUCCGUUAGCCGAUGUACAUUUCCUUUUACAUUACUGGAAAGAAUAUGAUGCUAAAUUAAAUGAACACCCUCCGGCUGAUCGAACUGUCCAUUUUUAUUUCCUGUUUGUAGAGUAAUAUACUGAGAUUGUGAUGAGAAUCUACAUGUUAAUCCUUUCUGAGAGUUAGUGGGUUAUGACGUGUUGUCAUCAGCUGAAUCGUGGCUUGAGAUUACAUCAUUGAAUAUUCUAGAUAAUCGCGGAAAAUAUCCUCAAUACAGUUUUCUUGUUUUCCAAUCUCGGAUUUGCAUGAAAACGGUAAAGAUCUUGCGUUUCUAGCCAUGUAAGCUUUAUCUUUGUAUUGAAGAGUUCUUAUGCUAUUCAUUACUUUAUUAUUUUUCAGGUAUAUCAAAGCUAAUGGUGGUAUCGAUACCGAAGCAAGCUAUCCCUACACAGCCCGCGAUGGACGCUGCAAGUUCAAAGCAGCUGAUGUUGGUGCUACUGAUACUGGUAAGGGAAAGGCAACGAAUCAUCAUCGGCGGUUCGUGAUGAUUCUCGAACAGCCGAUUGAACGAGAGUAUGCCGAUGUUUGCCAUCGAUGUUGCGCAGGACUGGAUAAAAAGCAGAUAUCUUUUCUCAAUCAUAAUAUUCAGGUCUUCGUAAGGCGCUUUAUUUAUCAAUUUAUUUAUUCAUGUAAUUUUUGGUUCAAAAAAUAAGUCUAUGGUGGCGUUCCUGUUAGGUUACAUGGAUGUCAAGCGAGGAAGCGAAGCUGAUCUUCAAUCCGCUGUGGCCACAGUCGGCCCAAUCUCUGUAGCCAUAGAUGCUAGCCACGGUUCAUUCCAGUUAUACCACCAAGGAGUCUAUGACGAGCCGUAAGUACAUUUAGAACUAUUUUAUAUGACAAGAUCAAACAGCAGCUGCAUAAGAGACUGGCACUAUUAGUGCCAUACCCUCGCAGACCUCUAGCCAGCUCGCUUUGCACGAGGCUUCAAACUUUCUUGCGGACGAAGAAACGUUGGUCAGCGUCAAAAGUGAAGACUUGCUGCUCGUAUGCUAAUAUUAUGUAUUUUUUUCAUGUAUUGUUUCUUAUAAAGGCCGUUAAAUCACGCGAUACCGACGCUUGAGAACUCGCUUCGAUUUUCCUCAUGUGACAGUGAACGUCAUAAACGAAAUUUAACAUAUUAACAUCGUAAAAUUUGCCUUACAGUGCCUGCAGUUCUACAUUGUUGGAUCAUGGUGUGCUAGCUGUUGGUUAUGGAACAUACCAAGGACAGGACUACUGGCUGGUGAAGAACUCCUGGGGAAAGGGCUGGGGCAUGGAAGGUUACAUUAUGAUGUCGAGGAACAAGAACAACCAGUGUGGAAUCGCUACCAGUGCUAGUUACCCACUUGUUUAAUUCACGUGCCUGUUGAGUGGACCACAAUCUACUCGGCUUUUUUACUUCAAAACGUACCCCUUUGAAUUCAACAUAGUGUAACACGCACAAAGAAUAGGAGCAAAAUUAUUAUGAAUUUGUAGGAUAGGUAGUCCAAUCUCGCUUUGCGAUUGUAGAAACUGAACGCAAAUUUUCUUCCGAAGUUCCAAUGGCAUGAAUCAGUCAUGUAUUUGGAAGUUUUCUUUUUUCAUAUUUUAUUUUGAUGAUGGGUGUUAUUUGCUUUAUUUUCUUGUUGUCGCACUAAAGUAAAUUAAAUGAAUGGAUUUUAUCAUAGUUGGUCUCUUGAUUAAACGCAUUUUCGUCUUACUCCCGGCUCCCCCCAUUAUCUUUUUAGACAAUGCACUGUUCCUCCCUAAACGUUGAGUGUCAUGCGCAAACCUAGUGUGAACAAGACAGCCCCCCCCCACCCUCACCUUUAAAACGUUGUCGUAGUGUUUAAAAAAUUCGAAUGAGACGUCGGUGAAGAACCCUCCUAUGUUGAGAAAAGAAAAAAAUUGCUUGUCGCCUGAGUCAAUCAAAAGACAAGACAAUCUUAAAAUAGUCAUGCUGUUAAACCUUUCCACUAUAACAUCAGUAUCCAAGUUCUCCAUACUUUCUCUGUUUAAUUCCUAUGGCACUCAAAAAGAGAGUUCGUCAAACAAUCUCUACAUCGAUUUUUGAUUCAGAGUGAUAUUGCUCGGAGGAAUUAGAUGCGUAUCAUUCUUAAGGGGUCCAAGGGUCCAGAGACUACCAGAUAACUGAGACCAUUACUUUCCCAUAGCUGCAUGAGACCAAACCACGUCAGGAUCGGUGAUAAAAACUGUGGUUAGAAAAGAGAACUAUUCCAUCAUUUAGCCGAAACCUUUUACUACAGGGACAAUCAAAUAAACCCUACAGGAGCAUCCAGGAAAUCUCCGGUGAAUUACUGCCGAUGCCUCAGGCGUCCAUGUGGACGUGACAUGCAUAGCAUGCCGGACUAGGUGCAAGUUCAGUUGGUUUGCCUGUUUUUUUUCGGUUCUGAGCUCCUAAACCUUUUUCGAAUUUCGAAUUUCCUCAAUGAUGACCCAGAUAGCCUUUUACCGAGGCUGCAAAGCUAUCACCUGAAGUGGUCUGAAAUCCUGGCUGGAUUGCCCAAGAAGAACGUUUAGUGUUUACAUUUGGGAGUUUUGCUGACAAAAAUCUCGCGUGACAGGGUAGCAUUGGUUUUUCUCAGGUGUCAAAUUCCAUGCGUGACACAAUUACGAAAGGUCGGCGAACAAAUCUCUAAGGAUCUGCAGACCCAGUAGUCGCUGUCUGAUUCAGUCCCAAAGUUUUAUUUACAGACUCUUGCUUCAUACCAUCUAAAAAUCGGACCAGAUAUUGUGAGGUAAAAUGAACUACUUGUGCGUUUUUCUGCUGUGCGCUUCCUUUGCAAACUGUUUGAACCUAUCGCCUGCGACGUACAAGCAGCACUGGCAGAAGUGGAAGUCUUUUUAUGGCAAGGAAUACGAGUCAGAAAUUCAUGACAAUGCCCGCUUCUCAAUAUGGCAGAACAAUUUAAAGGUGAGAUGAAUUAACAUUAUAAAUAUAGAACACGAAAUCCUAAGAAGGGGGUGUUUUUUUUUCCAAUAAUGUACGCGAAGAUAACCACAUGACAAACUGAAGGGUCGAAGAACCAUCGGUGAUACGGGGGGGAGGGGGGAGAUGGAACACUGCUCGUAUCACGCAAACCUUAAUUAAGUAGAUGAUUUUUCCGAUUCAGCUUAAUAAAACAUAGUAAAGAUUUUCACUGCUCUCUGAAUUCUUAGGCAUUAUUGAUCAGGUGAACACUUCCUGUGUUGCUAUCUGCAAACAAAAAUUAGUGAGUAGGCGCCAGAUAAUCCAAGUGAACGACUAGUAACUUCUUUUGCAAAAUAAAAUGUAAAAGAAAAAAAAAAUUAAUUUUUCUUUCAGUAUGUUUUAAAGCAUAACUCAGAAGAACACUCCUACACCUUGGCCAUGAACCAGUUCGGUGAUCUGACAGUCGACGAAUAUCGAUCAUUUAUCCUAGGAGUUGGUUCUCAUUUUCCAAACGAAACAGAACGUCGCGGUUUUACCUCUCUUCCUUUUAGUGAACUGACCCUACCCCCCACGGUAGAUUGGAGGACGAAGGGAUAUGUCACUCCUGUCAAGAAUCAGGGUAAGUUUUGAAACUUCAAGUUUGUUGGUUUCCCUUGAUUUCACGAUCGCGUUGUUUUUCUCGGUAUCGGCUGCCAGUCGAAAAAGAAAGCAAGCACAACAGCAAUAAGAACAACAACAAAAACGUUGCACAAAAAAUGUUUGUAUACAAAUUGAAGGUCGGAUGUAAUUUGGGGUGGCACUCUUCGUUCUAGUAUUAUUGAAGAAAAAAUUGCAUCGGUCUCACAACAAAUCAAAUGCGAAACAAAAACCAAACGCGGCUUGGUCACAGACGUGUUACUGCUCUUGAGGCAGUCUGCUUUUUACUUUGCUUUUUUCUCUGAAUUGUCAUUGGUUACCAAUUCAACCCGCUUUUUCAUACGUGUUGCUCCACCUGAUGUAGCUUGGCUGCGUUGCCACAAUUUGACUUUCGUUUGCAAUUUUUUUUUCCUGCUAGGUCAGUUGGGUGCUUCAUGGGCGUUCAGUGCCACAGGGUCACUGGAAGGACAACAUUUUAAGAAAACAGGAAAACUUGUCUCUCUUAGCGAACAGAAUCUACAAGACUGCUCUGGAUGUGGCAAGGUGUCUCCUCCCUUGAUGGGAUUUAUAGACUGUGCAUUCUUGUAAGCCAACAAGGUUAUUUCUUUUUCUUUGUUUCUCGCGCCGUCUCUGGUAACUUAAAUCCAGUGUUCGGUCGGAGGUCAAAUUGAACAGUGAAGUUCAAUUAUCCUAUUUUAUUACAUGCAGCCAUGACGGUGCAAAAUAUAUUUGAGCCAGGCAGUCGAGGUUAUUUUCAAGCCUAAGACGAGAAAAAUUGACAUAUUUCGAGGUGAAGCAAUUGAAUAUCGAACUAGCAAGGGAUUGCGUUAGUUUUGCCGUGCUAACUGACUAGUCCAGAAACAUUCCCCUUGCAACUACUUGGAUGCAAAAUUCUAAAAAACAACAGUAACUCGGUCGUCAGAGAUUUUCAGACCGCCUUUCCGAUUGGUUCUUUGAUGUAUUCUUCUCUGAUUGGCUGUCGCUAUUACUCUAGUUUUGUUUCACGACACGCAGUGUAAGUGCGCUCGAAACAUUUGAUAUCAAAAUAACGGCGCAUCGCGAAUAUAGCAUAUGUAUUCAGCUGCAAUUCGACAGGCACUUUUGCGUCUGUCGGUUCUAACGCUCGUGGUUAACAGAGUGGUUUUUCAGUUUCAUGGAGGAAGCCGAGUUUUAAUUACUCUUUCAGAUAUGUCAAAGAAAACGGUGGCAUAGACACCGAAGCCGGUUACCCGCAUCCAUGUCCAAAGAGUUGUUGCUUUGAAAAAGCUUAUAUAGGUACCACCUGUACUGGUAAGUAAAAUGCACAGAUCGUGGUUACCGAAGAUUUCUGAUGGUUAUCGAUGAAUUUACGAAAGACAGGCCAAAGAAGAGUGGUUUUUAUAAUGACAAAUGUGUUUAUUUUUCUUUCUCUUUACUUCCCUGUUUCAAUCAGGUUAUGUUGAUAUCCAGCAAAGAAGCGAGUUAGCUCUUCAGUCUGCUGUGGCCGAAGUGGGUCCCAUCUCAGUGAUCAUCGAUGCCAGUCACGCUUCAUUCCAGUUUUAUCACAGUGGGGUGUACAAUGAACCGUAAGUGAUUCAUAAUAAAGUAACACAGCUCUCAUUUUAGCUUAUGGCAGGAACUGUCCCUUAUCAAGAUGUUAUAAAGUUUUUAAUAUCUCGCCCCCAUCUAUGUACUGUCCGUUUGUCAGUUGAUGAGCUGUUCAUGUCAGGAUAUGAGUCUGUCAGUCAAUCUAAUUGUCUGACUGUCUGUUCCUCGGCCUUCAGUUUGUUUGUAAGUCAUUCUUUAUUUCAAUGUCAGUAAGUCAAUCAGGGUUUUUCACCUGACUAGUGUUCUUCCCCUUUGUUGUGUUUUUUGCCGUUGAUCAAUCUGCCUAUUUUUCCAGCCUGUCAGUCAGUCAUUUAAUCCGUCUGUUUGUCUGCUUGCCUGUCUUUCCGUCUGUUUGUCUGUCUGUCCUUCUGUCUGUUUGUCUAUCUUUCUGUCUGUCUGUUCGUCUGUCUCUCUAUCUGUCUGUCUGACUUUCUGUCUGUUUGUCUGUCUUUCUGUGUGGCUGUCCUUCUGUCUGUCUGUCUUUUAUUCUGACUGUCAGUAGGGAUAAACUAGUCCACUCCAACUGGCUGCUGGCGCAAGCGGCAAUUGGCAAAAUAUUGUUCGCAAUUUCAAAAAUUUUCCUGGAUCAUUUACGAAGAAUCUUGGAUCACAACUAACUUUUGGGUGUUUCAGAAAAAAUGUUAUUUUGUAGACAAUUACUUAAUCGGGGUUUGUCUUGAGAUAAUUUUUUUUGAGGAUUUAUUUCAAAAAGAGAGUUUCAAUGUAAAUUUUUGGAUUAAAAAAAAUACUUUUGGUAUAAAGCCGCGGUUGCCUCCUGUCGUAAGUCAGAUCUUUUCUUUCAUGGGUGCGAAAUCGAAAAAUUCCUAAAGUAAAAAGAAAUCAUACCAAAAUUUAUGUUAUUUCAGUGCCUGUAGCAGUUAUCAGCUGGACCACGCAGUACUCGUUGUUGGUUAUGGAACUUACCAAGGACAGGACUACUGGCUGGUGAAGAACUCCUGGGGAAAGAGCUGGGGCAUGGAAGGGUACAUUAUGAUGUCGAGGAACAACAAAAACCAGUGUGGAAUCGCCUCGAGCGCCAGCUACCCUCUUGUUUAAUGGAAACCUGUGAAAGACUUAAAAUAAUGGAUCUGCAAUUUUUUUUAUUUUCAAUAAAAUAUAUAUUUUUUUAUUUUCAAUAGGCGACCUUUAGUCUUCAAGAGUUAAAAAAAAAAAAAUAGUUAACAAAAUAUGAAACAGGAAAAUUACCACUGUUACAGUUCUGAGAAAUAACUGUUCUGAUGGACUUUCUCAGCGAAUUACAUAUCUUUCCGAGGGUAACUUUCCUCCGUGAUUCACCAGUAGAGGCGUCAUUAAUUUUUUUGCCUGAUUUUUGCUUUUUUCAGGCGUCCGUGGCGUCUUCCUCUCGCUCAAGUUUUCUUUUUUAUUUUGCGCCUUCACACUCGCGCAAAGUGACACGCCUUUGGCGUUUUUACACGCUAUCUCCUGAAAAGCGCGAAAAACAAAACAACUCUGGGAGUGAGGCAAACACCAAUUAGCCUCAGUUUUUUUCGCGCCUCGCUCCCAGAGUUCUAUGCGAAGCGCUUAACUCGCGCAGUACUUACACAUAUGAAGCUUUACAAAUAAAGAAAUAACUAAGUAAAGGAAUAUAACUGAAACUUUGAAAUAGAUGAAACCUUUAAUAAUAUUCGUCAAUUGUCUUCCCUUUUUCAGUCCCCUUACUUAUUUGUUUGCGCUCAGGGCUUUUUCCGAAACGGAAAAGUAAAUAUUAGUGCAGUGUCACGCAUGGGCGAAUACAAAAUAUCUCUCUAGGUUCGAGAGUAAUCUGGGUCUAGCUUAAAUAACGGAAGAAAAAAAUCAUGGCGUUGGAUGGUCAAGUGACUUUUUUGUCAACAGAAUCGUCAUGGGAUCCUCGGAGACCAAGAAUUCCAAGAAGAAGCCCGAGGUUUAGAAUGGACGUGGAAGAUGAAGAGGAAAGUGGUAACGAAAGAAAUCAAUCAAAUAUGGGAAUGAGAGCACCGAUUAUUGGUUAUGAAAUAGUAGAUAAUCGUCAGAAAUUUACGGUACGUUUGGGCAUAUGACCUGUUUAUAUUGCUUUGAUUUUCAUUUGUUUUCUUGGUGGAUUAAUUUUCUUGAUUAAGUUUAGCUGGCUCAGAUAUAUGAUCUAUAAGAGUAAAGAGAGCAUCGUUUCAGCACUCGCUACUUUCUACAGAACCUGAUACUUUUCAUUUCCUGUAACUCACUCGUACUCGUGACUUUGACCUACGACAUGAUCAGCUUUGAUUUAAUGAUGGCCGAACAAAAAGCGCGAACCUAAAAAAGUGUUCGGUGUUUUCUCCUGAACAAAUUGUUAAAAUCUCAAUUAAAAUCUCUCUUAUCAAAAACUAUGAUGGAAGAUUAUGAUGUAAAAUGGAUGUGAGCUUAACUGUACACUUGAUGUACAUUGUACAUCAAUACGCACGUUAAUGUUUUUCUUAACAAUGCAACUUCGUGAAAUAUUUGAAAAUGAAAUAAGCUUCGGUUCAAGUAAACUGCGUGAAAGCACACCUAUGUUUUUAUUGUCAACAGGUGUCAGUAUCCCUCUGUAUAGAAGAGAGAUUACUUCCAAUGAAAAAGUUUUUUUUUUAAGUUUGAAACUGAUUUGAGGAAUUUAAAGCACUAAAAAUGAACCCAAUGUAAGUGGAUAUCAACAUGAAAAUCUGAUGAGUGAGUCAUGGUGACAUACCCUCUUGGAGAAAUCCAAGCUGUGCUCCUGUUGAAUCAAUUAUCAAUUACCCUAUAGAACCACUUGAGAAAAUCAGAGGUUGCAGUUAUGCUAGGGAUGAUCACUGAGAAUAGUCUCCAAUUCUUUCAUUAAUUUAAUGUAUGCGUAAAUCUAAACAUGCUCAAUAAUUUUACACAAUGCUCAAUACUAGCACAAUUUGUCAUUAUUUCCAGUCAGUCUUCCUACCGUUUUAUCAUGAUUUGUUUCAAUACACUUUUUUGGAUUUUUCUUUUUUUUUGCUAGGUUUACAAGAUUGAAGUUAAAAGUCAAAAUAAAAGUUGGUUUGUAUUUCGCCGUUACACUGAUUUCACAAGGCUAAAUGAAAGGGUAAGUGGUGGAGUUAACCCUUUAUACCCUAAAAUCAGUAUCCAUAUUCUCCAUACUCCUCUUUAUGUAUUCCCUUUAAAACUGACAUGGAGAAUUUGUUUAACAAUCAAAGCCUCUUAGGAUGGCAAUAAUUUCCUUUGAUUUUAUGAUCUUAUAAAUGAUUCAGUAGUAUCCCUGUAGGGAGAAAUUAGAUGUAGGGCAUUAGUAGGUUGUAAAGAGUUAGUAGUGCAAAACCAUAACUUGCAGAGGGGAAAUCGAGAGUGACAGUCAACAUUAAAUCAAAGUGUGUGGGUUUACCACUCAUGGAGAUAUAAGCUAAGGCCUGAGUAUGAACACCAUACCUCUUGAAAAUCUUACCACAUUUCAGAUGUAAUGAAAAUUUACUUAUCUCUUUAACUCUCAUGAGUGACCAAGACAGAAUUUCUCCUUACAAUAUCAAUUCAAUAUCAAGCAGAUAAGUGAUGAGAGUAAAUAAGACUAUCAAUUUGGGAAUAAUUAGUUGAUCCAAUACUAAAUUCUCUGAACUAACAUUGUAAGAAUUGUAUGACUGACAGUAAGGAGAAUUAUAAAUCUGAUCUGGGGGUUAAAGGGUUAAUUAUGAUUGGGCAAUUGAAUGUGUAACAUGGUCAAGUGAAAAAAGCAGACUGCUUCUAACAGUGGAUCAAAGCUAAAUCAACAGGAAACUAAUAAGAUCCAGUUUGAUAUGGGCAGUCAAUAGGCUGAGCCAUUCCUAAGCAAGAUUGUAGUCAGGUUUGGAGGGAGGAAACAUUUUCAGAUUCCUGCAAAGUGUUCAAAUGGUUAGUUGCAAAGGAAAAAAAGUUAUUAAAAGAAAGAAUUGCUUGCUGAAAGUGUUGGGGGACACUUAAUUAUGGUUUAAGAUGGUGGAUAGUUUAUUAUUUAGUUAUUUUUUAUUUACAGUUGAGAGAUGCUUUUCCAGAGUUUCAAAUCAGGCUUCCUGGCAAACGCCGGUUCAAGGACAACUUUGAUCCAGGUAUAACAGAUUCUGAGAAUCAAAAAAAUUGGAAGAAUUUUUAGUGUAUAGUUGUGUUGUAUGGUGCAUAGAAUAUAGACAUGAUAUUUAAAUUCCAUAUAAUCAAAUUUUUUAAUACUAGCAAAGUAAACAAAAAAAAAAUUUAUUUCAAAUGUGACCCUGACUGAGAUUAUCUUUAGGAGUUGGCAGCCUCCAAAAUUUUCUUAUUUUGCAAGGAUCUGCCCAGUUUUUAAAUAAAUGUGUCCAUUCAGUUAGGUAUAUCUAAAGGGCUCAGUUGUUCAAAGGUUGGAUAAAAUCAUAGUGCUAUCCUACAUCUGAAUUUCAUUGUCAACAAAAUUUAUUUCACUAUCAACCAGAUAGAGAUCUGUCAAGUGGACAGCACUACCCACUUUUGAACCCUUUAACUCCCAGAGGUGAUUAACAUGUAAUUUCUCCUUAUAAUAUCCAUAUAUUAUCCAGCAAACUGGUAAUAAGAAUACUCAAACUUAUCAAGUAGAAGUUGUUAUCUUGAUCUAACACCAAAUUCAUGUAACUAACUAAUAGGGAAAUGUGUAGCAGCUAGAGGGGAGAAUCUACAAUCAGAUCUUGGGAGUUAAAGUGUUAAACAACAGGGGCUAGAUCCAUAAAUUAUAUAUUCAUGCUGCUUGUACUUACCAGUAAGUAAAAGCUCUGAGCGUUCAACAAAAAUUAAGUAAAAGUAGAUAAAGAAAAACUGCUAACUUGUUUUCAGGAUUAGCAGUACCUUUUAUAAAUGUUUUGGAGGUUACUAGGAGAACCUUUUAAAUGUUAUGUAUUGUAUUUGCUUGCAGCAUUCAUAGAAGACAGGGCAAGAGGACUGCAAUUUUUCAUCAACAAUAUGAUGAAUCACUCUGAAAUAUGUAACAGGUAUUGUUUACUCAGAGUGCUAUUUGUAUGAAACUAUGUCUGUGUUUUACCCCAUUUCAAACUGUAUUAAAAAGUAUUAUUUCCCUGACAAAAUUUAAUACUCUUGUAAUAUAUGUAUUUUGGCUCUUUUUGAAGAAACAGCAAAGAUCAAGUUAUUUUUCAGCACUUUAUAUUCCCUUAAUUUAUCUAUAGUACCACAUAGUAUAGCAUCUAAACAAGUUGAACAGGACAUAACUGACUAAUAAUGUAAUGGCUACAUUGACACAGGUGAGGUAAAUAUGGAAAUUCUUCCUGGUCAUAGAAAUGUGUAGGAAUUUUAUGUUCAAUUUGAAUUGUGGAAAAUUGAAAUUCUGACAAAAAAAUUCAGCAAAUAUCAACUGGUGUGUGUGAGUGUGUGUGUCCAUGGUAUAAGACCCUAAUUAUCCUGUGUGAAUACGCAAUGAGUGGCUGUCCAUCUUUCUAGAUCGCUAUGGUUAUUACAGGUGGCCUGACCUCCUAUUUGUCUCAGUCAAAUAUAUUUCAUUUUUUUAAAAAACCGUUGUAGAUGUAAUAACAUCAAUUUCAGUUUUCUUAUCUCAUAUUAAUACCAUCACAGGAAGAAGAGGUACUAAAUAAAGAUGAUUAUUGAAAUAACCAACUAAGUUAUUGUUUGCAGUCAUGAGGUACAAGAGUUCUUCUGCCUGAAUGAUCCUCCUGGACCUUAUGACAGCUUGGAAGAAAGCAGAGUGAGUUGGAAUGAUUAAACACUUUGAUAGGAUUUUAUUGACAAGUCAGUUAAUAAGUAGCAAAAACAAGAUGCUGAAGCAUAUGGCAGUGUCACAUUUUUUCUAAUGUGGAAAUGGCUCACUUUUUCUAUUUAAACAAUAAUUUUUCAGUCUUUGUUACUCUUUGAAAAAUACUUGAAGCUUUAAAAGGUUUAUACUUUUGUAAUGGUUUACUUAACACUUUAAUUCAAUCUUGUAUUCAUAGUUACUCUAGCUCUAGAAUUUUAAACUUUUCACUCCCAAAAUCUCAUCAGUAAUUGUCCUUGCUGUCUGUCUCACUUUACUUGUAAUGUUACUAUAGGAGCUUGGUGUUGGAUCAAAUAAUCAUCACCUAGUUUAUAUUUUUCUUUAUUCUUAUCACCUGCCUCUUUGAUUUUGUAUCAAUGUUGUAAGGAGAAAUUAGUUUCAGAUCAUUGCUGGUAGUGAAAGGUUUAUAGUCUCUAUGAUUAUAAUGGUGUUUUUAUUAGGCUUACUGUCAACACUUGGAAAACCAAGCUGAGGACUUGAAACAGAAGGUGGAUGAACUAACGGCAGACCUCAAAAUGACAAAAUCACAGCUCUUACAAGCACGAGUGCAACAGGAAGCUCUUGUAAGUGCUCUUAGAUCAGAGCGAACACUGAGAAAGCAAGGAUUGAAAGGAAAUGAAAAAGAUUCAUCCAGGACCGAUGAAUUGAUAGAGAAAAGUGAAAAAAUGGCACAUGUUGAUAGUCUAAAAGGAAAAGUUUGCCACUUGUUGUCAGAUUAUCAAACCAAAAGCAAGGGAAGGGUGUCAAGUACCUCAGAAAAUGAACCUGAACCUGGUGAAGAUCAAUCAUUUUGGGUGGGAAGUGUGGAGAUUGCAGAGCAUUCAGAUGGAGCUGAUAGAAUGAGGUCAUCUAAUCUGGCCAGGCGGCUUUCAACUGAGCAGAGAAAUCCUCGCACAUCCACUCCUGUGUCUAGUCAUAACAGCCCAAGCUGUCUGGAACCUUUGCAACAGGAUAAUCAAAAAGACCUUGGAGUAUCUCAACAGACUGAUGAAAAGAGUGAAAACUCAGAAGUGUUGCAAAGUAGUAGUGAGAAAGGGGCAAUAAAGGAAAUAAAUAACACUGAGGGAACUGCCAAACAUCCAUCAAACAGGAAGUCAAGAGAUCAAUCCAGUAAAAGAGACAGUGGAAUAAGUGUUGAUACCUCACCAACGCCUAGCACGUAAAUUAAUUUUAUUAGGGGAAUUGUAAGUAUGAGGUGGAUUUUUGGAAUCCUCAUAGAUUGUGUAUUUGAGUGUAGUAGUACAUUCUUCUAAACAGUCUGUUUUGUAGUUUAUGAAUUCCUUCUGGGGAAUUCUUUAGUGGAUUUUUAAGUGUAAUUCUGCUAAGUACUACCCCAAAUGGAGCUAAGAUGAAAAAUUUUUAGAAUUAGUUUUAGGUAUUUAUGCUUCUGGAAUGAUUUUUUUGAAUGUGUUGAGUUGCAAUCUUUUUCCUUUUCAGGGAAACUGAAAUUUUCUUGUUUAGUUUGUAUCAUUUCUGUUCAAAGCAGCUUUAAGGAAAAAAAACCUUUUCCAAUCAGACAAAAAAAUGAAACUGGCAUUUUUUGGAGCGUUUACUACUUUCAAUAAACUCUCUAGGGGUAAUCAACACUGAAAUAUUAAAUGCCUAAUAAUUAUUUGGCAAAUUCCCAGGCUUAUAAGUUGCCAAACACUAGUUAGAUUUAAAUGUGCCUUAAAACUUGGGCUUCCAAUGCAAAAGCUCAAGUUUAAAAUUUGGUUGCAGCUGUAGUCUAUCUUCCUAAAAGGCACUGCCAGCAUUUCUGUGCACACCCUACUUAUCUAAAUAAAACGAUCAGCCAAUGAGCUUUAACUGCUCAAAGGAUCUAUUUUCCACAUCAGAUUGCAAACAAUCAAAAUGAUUCACAACAGUAUUGAGCUUGCACCUAAACUUGAAUUUGCUUUGUUCAACAAUGCUUAGAAAAAUAAUUUUUAAGAUGAAAAUUCAUGUGUUUAGGUGAGGAGUGAUUAAAAGAACUCAAAAAAAGUCAAUUAGAAGAUGUUUUUAGUCUCACUGCAUGAGAUUGCUCUGAAAGCUCCCAACUGAAGAAAAAUGUUUGUUUCAUUUUUAACAUUUUUUGAGUGUCAGCUGCCACUAAGAUUGCAGUUGCUUUUACAUGACUGUAUGAUAUGGUUUAAAUUUUCUCUUUACAAUUUAAUGAUGAUGGUUAACUAGUUCCCAUUGGAGGAAAACAAAUACCUACAGUUCAAAACUCAAUGAACAUAGCCUAAUGCAUUUAAAGCUGCAGUAUACUGUUCAUAUGCAUUAGUUGCUAUUAUUGAUCGUAGUUGAGCAUAGCAGGAGCAAUCAUGGGUUGAACUAUGAAAGUUUUAGGUUUGUAACAACAGCCAUAGGCUUUGGUAAAUAAAUAUAUUUUAAGAGAAAUAUUGAAUAGAGCAUAUGCACUUAAAUAAAAAGCAGAAUACUUGUUUACAGAACAAAAGGAAAUGUUUGUAUGAAUUAAAAUUUAACUUCAGCAUGAUGGAAUUGAGAAAGCAAAAUGGCAGUUGAGGUUAAAAUUGUUCUUUUAUAAUUUUUAAACCAGUUUGAUUUUCUUUGAGAUGUGCUCAUUGAUCUUCAUUGUUACAGGGUUGUCAAAAUUAGGUGGCAACCAUAUGUUUCAACUUCUCUUGCUAAAACACACUGGCCAUUCCAAAUGCUUGUGGCCUAAUUUUCAGCAUGGAUGCAUGACAUCGAUGGAAAUAAAACUGGUUUUUUAGUGCUGUCCGCCUUGCAUCACAGUCUCUUCACAGCCCAGUUUUCAUAAUCUGAUAAAAAGUAGAAUUAAAGAUAAACUCUUUUGAAAGAAAGGACAUAUUUAUUUUCCCCUCAGUAUCUUGGUAAGCAUACACCAAUUUUGGUAUACUGAUGCCAUGUGCAUAUGCUCUAUUAUCAGUUUUUAUUCUAUUUUAAUAGUUUAUUGCAUGGAUAGCUUUUAGUAAAGAUUAUAAUACAUUUUGUAAAUUAAGAGUUCUUCAGGCAUAAAUAAAUUAGCUGUUUAAAUGGUCUUGUAUUGUGAUUUCAAAGUUGAUGUAUUUGGCUCUGAGUUAGAGAAAGACACUUGAUAGGCAGCUCUUUGUGUAACAGUCCCGUUGCUCUGGUAAAUGAUUUAGUGCUUCUGCUGGUGAGG